CUGUUACCUAACAACCUCAGACCAUCACUGGAACACCUGUAUGAAGAACGUUCUUUAGUUUAUUUAAAUGGUUUUGCAUAUGUAAUUUAUUUAAGCCUUCAAAAUGAUUAGAAAACUUUUUAUUGUCCUGCUUUUGUCGUCUGUGACUCUUGGGGAGGCAAGGAAAUCGUUUCUCAGUUUUCUGAACAUAGAAAAGUCUGAAAUACUAUUUUUCACAAAGACUGAAGAAACUGUCGUUGUAAGGUCAAGUUACAGAGGUCAACAGCCAAACUCCAGCUACCUCUUUGUGCAACUAGAAGAUCAUAAAAUGCUCCAAGUGGUGAAUGUGACUAAGACCUUAUCAGAUGUUACCAACUUUACCAUAAACCUGGUGACGGAUGAAGACGGGGAGACAAAUCUGACCAUUCAAUUGUGGGAUUCUGAAGGUAGGCAAGAAAGACUCAUUGAAGAAAUAAAGAAUGUCAAAGUCAGAGUGCUCAAACAAAGACAAGACAGUCUUUUCCAGACAUCAAACCUUAUUGAUAGAAAUAUCCUUAUGCUUUUUCUGCCAAUGAUACUGUUAAAUAAAUGUGCGUUUGGUUGUAAGAUUGAAUUACAGGUGUUUCAUACAAUAUGGAAGAGACCUUUGCCAAUAAUUCUUGGGGCAGUUAUACAGUUUUUUCUUAUGCCAUUUUGCGGAUUCCUUUUGACGCAGAUUUUGGCAUUGCCUGAAGCACAGGCUUUUGGAUUUGUAAUGACCUGUAGCUGCCCAGGAGGGGGUGGGGGCUAUCUGUUCGCUCUGCUUCUAGAAGGAGAUGUCACUUUGGCCAUUUUGAUGACUUGCACAUCAACGUUAUUGGCCCUGAUAAUGAUGCCUGCCAAUUCGUACAUAUACAGUAGGAUGUUAGGGUUAUCACGUACUUUGCAUAUUCCUGUUUCUAAAGUUAUGUCAACACUCCUUUUCGUACUUAUACCUAUAUCAGUGGGAAUAAUCAUCAAGCGUAGACUACCUGAAAAAGCAAACUUCCUGGAGAGGAUCAUUAGGCCUCUGAGUUUUAUUUUAAUGUUUGUAGGGAUUUAUUUGACUUUCAGAAUGGGAUUAAUGUUUCUAAAAACAGUGAACCUAGAGGUGCUUUUAUCGGGUGUCUUAGUUCCUGCUUUGGGUUUGUCGUUUGGGUACUUUUUUGCUAAAAUGUCUAUGCUGCCUCUUCCUGUUUGUAAAACUGUUGCUAUCGAAGGUGGGGUACUGAAUAGUUUCUUAGCCCUUGCUAUUAUUCAGCUUUCUUUUUCACGGUCCAAUGCAGACUUGGCUUCUGUAGCUCCUUUCACAGUGGCCAUGUGUUCUGGAUGUGAAAUUUUACUGAUCCUUCUGUUCUACAAGGCUAAGAAAAGAUGUAUCCUUAUCAUAGAAGAGAAAAGAAAGAAAAAUCCCCCGGUCUAACAGUUAAAGCUUUACUGAAUUUUCCUACUCUGAAUGAGGUACUGUGGGAAAUUCAAAGAAUAUCUGAAAUGAUGCCUGCUCUCAACUCACUUAUGAUCUGAUUGAAAACUUGACAUUAGGGGAGAAAUAUAUACAUACAUAUAAUCAUAUGUGCUAAACACCAAUGAAUAGUACAGACAGUUAGAUGUACAGGAAUUCGGAGGAAG